AUGGACAUGUCAGAUUUUGAAUGGCAGUCUCAUGCCGCCUUUGAUCAUGGUGAUGGACCCAGUGCAGGUCAUCACACUUACGACAGCUACCCGAACACCCAAGGCAACGUCGACUUUGAGCAGCCAGUCCAGCACUAUGACGGGCCCGGUUCCCAAUUCUCUGCCGGUGGCCAUCUCGAGCUGCCAACACACGAUAUCAGUCACCUGAAUGUUCAACACGGUAACUACUUGGUGCCCUCAGGUAGCAGCCAGCAGGGCGUGCAAAUGACACUGCCACAUUCUUUCCAAGCGCAUGAUGGGGGCGGCCAUUACUACGACGGUCACAACUACAACUUCACUCUAUCACACGGCACGGACGAUCCUCCUCCCCUUCCUGACACCUACCAUUCCGUGGCCCCCCUUGACCCCAUACCUGAAGUGACGACUCAAAAGUUGAUCCGGGGUAGGCAUACCUCCCGCAAAACCAAACAUGCCACCUCUACCUGGACGAAGUUCCUCAAUUCCAAAUACGUCACCCAGGAAUCAUCCCUGUCCAUGGAACAGGCGUCCUCGUCGUUCGUCUUUUUAACACCGACAUUACUCCAGGAUUUCAAAGGGGACGCUCGGACCGACAUGUUCAAGAACUUAUUCGAAGACAAUCUCUUUCCGUCCGCAUCUGAACUCUCCACCAUUGCCAACAACACGCUAGACGCGACGAUUGCUCGCUAUACCAGCAAUAACGUCAACCACGGGCAUGAACUCAUCCGUUGGAAAUCGGGGCCGGACGCUAAGAACCUUCUCGCGAGGCUCAAAGCAAUCCUGAAGGAGAUACAUGGCGACUUCGAGGAGGUCGCCAGUAUCUCUUGGAUAUCAGCUUAUGACUUGAGCCUUGAUCUAUCUCUCUCAAGAGACGAAAUGCAAGCAGCACGGGUCGCAAAUAUUGCAGCCCUGCUAUCAGACUUUCUAUUUGCGGAUAAAAUUGUUGAGGUGACCAUGGACGACGGGCAAAUCAGGUUGUGUCGAACUCCAUGUGGCCACAAGGCCAUCUUUGACCUGUUAGAACACAUCAUAUCCUGCAAGCAAUACUCUCGUUAUAUUCCCCUCGAUACAGAGUCUUGGCAACCCCUCCUUACCAACGUCAUCGCCCUUGCAGUAACCUCGCGUGCUUGGUCAUUGCAAAAAGCCUUAGCGGGUCCUUGGUCUGCAGCUUUGGACUUUCGCGGCGAGGAGAACAAGGUCUACUACACGUUCACGAAGUCUCGUCUACGCAUGUUGCCUGAGGAUGAACACUUGAGAUUUGAGGCAUUGAUGAUUAGCAUGCAUCGUGCACUACGGUAA